AUGGCAGACAAGGACGGUUCGUUUGAUGAUGCAGUGGAAGAGAGGAUAAUAAAUGAAGAGUACAAAGUCUGGAAGAAAAACACACCCUUCCUCUACGACCUGGUUAUGACCCACGCCUUAGAAUGGCCAAGUCUCACCGCUCAGUGGCUCCCUGAUGUAUAUAGACCAGAGGGGAAGGAUUACCAUGUGCACCGCCUGGUGUUGGGCACACACACAUCUGACGAGCAGAAUCACCUUGUUAUUGCCACUGUCCAGCUGCCUAAUGGUGAUGCACAGUUUGAUGCCUCUCAUUACGAUGGUGAAAAAGGAGAAUUUGGAGGCUUUGGGUCUGUGAGUGGAAAGAUUGAGAUUGAAAUAAAGAUCAACCAUGAGGGAGAGGUGAACCGUGCACGCUACAUGCCCCAGAACCCAUGCAUCAUUGCCACCAAGACCCCUACCUCAGAUGUCCUGGUCUUUGACUACACCAAACAUUCAUCUAAACCUGAUGUGUCUGGAGAGUGUCGCCCUGACUUGCGUCUCAGAGGCCAUCAGAAAGAGGGCUAUGGGCUCUCGUGGAAUCCCAACCUCUCUGGCUACCUGCUCAGCGCCUCUGAUGACCAUACUCUUUGUCUGUGGGACAUCAGUGCAGUGCCUAAGGAGGGCAAGGUGGUGGAUGCGAAGACCAUCUUCACCGGUCACACUGCCGUAGUGGAAGAUGUCUCCUGGCAUCUGCUCCAUGAGUCCCUUUUUGGCUCUGUAGCCGAUGACCAAAAACUCAUGAUCUGGGACACUCGUUCCAACAACACAUCCAAGCCCAGCCAUGCAGUGGAUGCACACAAAGCAGAGAUCAACUGUCUGUCCUUCAACCCAUACAGUGAGUUCAUUCUGGCAACCGGCUCAGCUGACAAGACUGUGGCUCUUUGGGACCUGAGGAACCUGAAACUGAAACUGCACUCGUUUGAGUCUCACAAAGAUGAAAUCUUCCAGGUCCAGUGGUCACCCCAUAAUGAGACCAUCCUGGCAUCCAGUGGAACAGACCGGCACCUUAAUGUCUGGGAUCUCAGUAAAAUUGGAGAAGAUCAGUCACCAGAGGAUGCAGUGGAUGGGCCCCCUGAGCUAAUUUUCAUCCAUGGAGGUCACACAGCCAAGAUCUCUGACUUCUCCUGGAACCCAAAUGAACCCUGGGUCAUUUGCUCUGUAUCCGAGGAUAAUAUCAUGCAAGUCUGGCAGAUGGCAGAGAACAUCUAUAACGAUUAGGAUCCUGAAUUUUCAACAGACCCAGAAGCAACGGCCUGACAACUCAACCCCUCCCUGUCCUUACCCUCUGCCAUCUAUACCUCUUGCUCUUUGACAGCAUUGUAUGCUGUC